AUGGAACCCAAGAUUCAUCCUGCUGCAACAGUAACCAACAUCAAAAGCCUUAUUCCCUUUGUUCUCGAGAUGGAAUCUGGGUUGUACGCCUCCUGGUCCGAACUUUUCAAGAUACAGUGUCGUGCAUCUCUGGUUAUCGAUCACCUUUCUCCCCGACCUUCCUCAUCCUCUGGUUCAAACAAGGAAACAGACAAAGACAAAGCUGACAAAGAUAAAGAAACUCAACCUGAUGACUCUUGGGAUCGGUUGGAUGCCAUUAUGCUCCAAUGGAUUUAUGCCACUAUAUCCAACGAUCUCCUGCACACCAUUCUUAAACCGAACACGACUGCGUAUGAUGCUUGGAAGACGCUGGAAGUGCUAGCCGGCCAACUCGCUAACGUUGGCAGUCCGGUUGAUAACGAUCGCUUGGUUCUUCAACUUAUCGCGGGUCUCAAUGAACAAUAUGAGGGUAUCGCUACCAUCCUUCAGCAACAAGACUCCUUACCGAAUUUUUAUGAGGCUCGUUCAAAAGUCAUGCUUGUCGAAUCUCGUAAGGCUGAACAAGCGCUUCUUAUGGCUUAA